GCAUUGUGCUGUACCAGGACAGCUACAGAGAAUCAGUCCUCAUCGCGACGCUGGCGCGACUUGACCGACAUCGGAGUCACUCACACACGCGAUGCGGACCUCACCAACGUGCCUGGCUUGCGGUCUGCACAAAGCCUUGAACAGGCAUUCUCACCCGUUGUCGCGCGCUGCAUCGUCGUUAUCAAUGUCAGCGUCAGCUGCAUCGCAAUCGAACCCUCGUGCAACUACUAUCAGUUUCUUAGGCCUGGGGCGUAUGGGCUCGGAGAUGGCCUACAAUCUAUUCUCGAAGCGCCAUGCGCGUGCACGUGAAGCCAAUGUAGUAAAUACAGACAGCAACUUUGUUGUAUGUGAUGCCAUACCCGAAGCUGCUCAUGCAUUCGCUAGGCAUUUCCAAUCUCAGUUCCCGCGCAGCAAGGUACGCGUAGUUGAGACACCGGAAGAAGCUACAUUAGCGUCGUCGACUGUCAUAACCAUGCUGCCGUCCUCACCACAGGUGCGAACCGUUUACACGGCAGCAAAUGGUGUACUCGCAGCACUACGCAACUUGCCGCCUCAUGAACGCAAACAGACAUUAUGUAUUGACUCUACAACCUUGGACGUGGAGGUGGCACGCCAAGUCGCUUCGGAGGUGACGGAAGCCGGCGCUAAAAUAGUUGACGCACCAGUUUCCGGAGGCGUUGCAGGCGCUAAGGCCGGAACACUGACAUUUCUUGUCGGCGGAGACGAAGCAGCGUUUACUCUCGCUUCACCGAUUCUAGCGCAUAUGGGCCGACGUCUUGUCCAUUGCGGCGGGGCUGGAUCGGGCCUUGCCGCGAAGAUUUGCAACAAUCUUAUGCUCGGUGUAGAACAGACGGUGACGGCGGAAGCGAUGUUGCUCGGGCAACGACUCGGUGUGCGCGCGGAGGUACUCGCGGAUGUCAUCGGGAGCUCAACUGGUGCGUGCUGGAGCAUGUCGCAGAACAAUCCAGUUCCCGGUGCGCGGCCGGGAGUGAAUACACCGAGCGAACGCGGUUUCGAAGGUGGAUUUGCUACGGCGCUGAUGAUCAAGGACAUGGGACUAGCAAAGGAAAGUGCAGAACGGACGGGCGUUUCGUUGCCGCUAGGUGCGGCGGCACAAGAGAUAUACGAAGAAGCAAUCAAGGAGAUGCCUGAGCUAGCGCAGAAGGACUUCUCGAGCGUUUAUCGAUACCUGGAAGGCUUGUCCGUGAAGAAGUAAGGCGUACACAGUACAUGUAGAAUUACUGAAGACUUGUGGCGUGAGAGUUGAAUACCUGUUGUGAUAAAUAGGUCAGAAA